GCUUCCGCGUACCCGCUUCUGAUUCCAUGCAAGUUCAAACCAAGCUUGCGUUCUGUAGAAAAUGAUUGGAGAUUUGUAAGGCUUGUGUAGUUAAUGGCUGAGAAGAGAGUAAUGAUACUGGUUGAAUUAAAGGAGAAGAUUGAUCAGGCUGAGAAAGAGCGGAAAAUCUUUGACCGGCUUCUUGGUACUCUUUGUCAUUGUAACCUCGACACACAGCUUCGUGUCGCGGGUGGUUGGGUGCCUGACAAGCUUCUAGGGAAAGAGAGUAAUGAUAUUGAUAUAGCCAUUGAUAAUAUGUCGGGAAGUGAGUUUCUUGAUAAGGGAAUCAUCUCAUCGAGCGGAUCUUCUGCCUGCAUCUUGUCUGCAUCAUCUGCCUGUUUGCAUCAGAACAAAGAGGCUAGACAUAUAAUGGUUAUGGAAAAGACAUGGGUUCAUCUUAACAGAACCGAUCCUGGUUAUGAGAAAGGUGCUUGGGAUUUUGUGAGGUCUGUGGCUGCAGGUUUAGGAGACAAUGCAAUGAUUGUUUGCCCGUGUAUUGACUGUCGCAACGUAUAUCGCCACUCAGCCGCUGAUGUCGUUGAUCAUCUUGUAACUAGGGGAAUGGAUUGGAGUUACAAGGCGAGUGAGGACUGGUUUCAUCAUGGAGAAGUGAAAUCAGGGACUGAGUGUAGAAAGAAUACAAGCCAGUUGAACCAAGAGAUCUUAGGUUUGUUCAAAGCUGCUGAGUUUAUGGAUGAAGAGCUGGAUUUCCCGGCAUAUGGAAAUCUAGCAGGCUGCAAAGUUAAAGGCAAAAUGGGUUGUCCUGUUUGCGGGAAGCACACAGAUAGUUUGUGGUUGAGUAAUUGUAGAAAGCACGUGUAUAUGUCUCACCGGAAGUCUCUGUCACCCACCCAUGUUUAUAGAGGAAAGAAAGCAUGGUUUGAUGGUAAAGCUGAGCAUGGAAGAAGAGGUAGGAUUCUGACUGGUCAUAACAUUUAUCAAAUACUCAAAAAAUACAAGAAUGAUUUUGGGAAUGUAAAAGUAAAAGGAAGAAAGAGGAAGAUGCAAGAUCGUGUUGGAUCAGCCUCUGAUACUGAUGAUGAAUCCAGUGAAACAGAAGAUGAGGAAAACCAAGUAGAUGAAGAGGAGCUAUCCAGAUGGAAGAAGUGCCCAAUAUUUUUCAAGUUAGAUUAUUGGAAGGAGAUGCCUGUUAGGCAUAACCUAGACGUGAUGCACGUGGAGAGAAAUGUUGGCGCUAGCCUUGUCUCUACAAUGCUGCAUUCUGGGAAAUCAAAGGAUGGUGUUAAAGCUCGGAAAGAUAUGCAACUGCUUGGUAUUAGGAAGGAUUUACAUCCCCAAACACGUGGAAAAAGAACCUACCUUCCUCCAGGUCCUUGGUCUCUGUCCAAAACAGAGAAGAAAGUAUUCUGUAAGCGAUUAUCUGACUUCAGAGGACCAGAUGGCUACUGUGCAAAUAUUUCCAAAUGUGUUAAGAUAGAAGAUUGUAGUGUUAAAGGUCUUAAAUCACAUGAUUAUCACGUGUUGAUGCAACAACUUCUUCCUGUUGCAAUUAGAGGUUUGUUACCUAAAGGUGUUAGGAUAGCUAUUGGACGCUUAUGCGCUUUCUUCAACAAACUGUGUCAGCGAGUGAUUGAUAGAGAGGCAAUUGCUGUAAUGGAGCUUGAAAUUGUGGAAACUAUCUGCAUGUUUGAGAGGUUCUUUCCUCCAAGUUUCUUUGAUAUAAUGGUGCAUUUGACAGUUCACUUAGGCAGGGAAGCUCGGUUAUGUGGACCAGUUCAUUUUCGUUGGAUGUACCCAUUUGAGAGGUACAUGAAAGUUCUGAAGGACUUUGUAAGAAACACGGCAAGACCAGAGGGUUGUAUUGCUGAAGCAUAUCUCGCUGAGGAGUGUGUGCGGUUCUGCAGUGAUUUCUUGAAAAAGACAACAAAUGUUGAUGAGAAAAUUGAAAGAAAUUCUGAUUAUGAGAACUGCACUAUCUUGGAGGGUCGUCCUAUAUCAGCACCUACUUCAUGUACUUUUACUGAGAAUGAGAAGAACAUAGCACAUCUUGCUGUCAUUCAUAAUAUGGCUCUGCUUGAUCCUUAUGUGGACAUGCACCUGCAACAUCUACAAGAUUCUAGUGAAAGAUGUUGCCGUGAUUCUGCAUUUUUAUGGCGUAAACAUUCUCAGACAUUUGCAGCCUGGUUAAAAGAACAGAUACCUAUGACUUCUGAUCAUGAAGAUAUACUUAAGUGGUUAGCAUAUGGUCCUCGUCUUCAUGCAAGGUCUUACACGGGUUACAUAGUCAAUGGCAAUCGGUUUCAUACAGUUACGGUUGAUAGGGAAACUCAGAACUCUGGUGUGUUGCAUGAGGCCACAGCAAUGUGUAUAGCUAGUGCAAAAGACAAUUCUCCAAUGGUUGAUGUUGUGUCUUACUAUGGCAGAGUGGUGGAUAUUAUACUGCUUGAUUACAAUGUCUUCUACAUUCCUAUAUUCAGGUGCCAAUGGGCAAAUAUAGGUAAUGGAGUAAAGGAAGAAGAUGGAUUCACACUUGUCAACCUUAACCAAAGUCAAACUGCAUUUGCUAAAGAUCCAUACAUACUAGCAUCUCAAGCACAUCAAGUUUUUUAUUCAAGGGUAGAUGAUUCAUCGAGUUGGUAUGUAGCUAUGAGAAGUUCUAAGAGAAGAUACAGUGCAGAAGAUACUGAAUCUGGAACUGCGGAUGUUGGGCCAUUGCCUGUAUUAGUUGACAUGGAUGAAGAUGACUUGGCUGAUGAAGCUAUGAAUGCCCGAGCUGACUAUGAUGCUGAUUUACAAGAUGAUGACACUUCUCAAAAACAGCAAGUACAUGAACUUAAUGAAGUGGAUGCUCAGUUAGAAGGUAAAGAGAAUGAUGAUGAAGACAAUGAAGACAAUAUAGUUGAACCAGUUGAUGAUGAUGCUGCUGCUUACAAUGAAGAUCAUUCUCAGACAGUUGCUGAAAAUAUUGCUGAACCAAAGCGUAAAAGGAAACGAGGACCAACGAAGAUGAAAAACAUCGCCAAGGAUCCAAGUGAAAAGGUUCACGUGGAUUAUACUAUCAUGGGAGAACCUUGUGGUCCAGGGUCAGUACCGUUUGCAUCAUAUUUAGGUACAAUAGUACGGGAACAUGUUCCUUACACAAUCCGGGAUUGGAGGAAAGUAAGUGAAGAUAUCAAACUUGUUUUGUGGAGAUCUAUUGAGCUAAGGUUUGAUCUUGACCAACCAUGGAAGAAAAGAGCUGCAUUUGUUCAGAUGAGAGAUAUAUGGAGAUCCUCCAAAUCACGCCUUGUUUCAGCGGUCAGAGGAGCUGAUAACAUGAAAGAUAGGAUGGAUCUGCGACCACCUAAUAUAACUGAACCCGAAUGGCGUAAGUUUAUAAAAGAGAAGACUAGUAAUGCAUUUAAGGUAGUAAGUGAUUCUAUGAAGAAGAAAAGGAAGCUGCAGAUUCCUCAUUGCCUUGGCCGUAAAGGAAUGGUCAGAAAGAGAGAAGAAUUAAUCGAGGCAAGCUCAGACCCAUCCCAGGUGACAAGAGCAAAAGUGUGGGUCGAGUCACGGACCAAGAAGGAUGGUACUCCUGUAACUACAGAGGCAGCUGAAUUGAUUAGAAAGGCAACCGAGCUAGAAAUUAAAGGUACUCAGGAUUCAGCUACAACAAAUCCAAAGGAAGAUAUACUUAGUCAAAUUUUGGGACCUGAUAAUCCUGGAAGACUACGGGCAAUGGGCAGAGGCAUGAGCUUGACCAAACUUUCUUGUUUCCAAGUCAACAUAAACUCUAUGGCUGCAAUGGAAGCAGAUCAGGUUCAAAUGAAGAAUAGAAUUCAGGAUUUAGAGCAAAUUAUUGAAAAAAUUUAUGAUCAGAGACAAGAGGGUGAUGUUGGUGAAAACUCUAUACAUAAGAGUGUAAAUACCAAAACACUUACUAAGUGUAAUUUGGUUGACUGGACUUCUUCUGAUGAUAAUGUUGCUGAGGGCCGUAUUGUUUCUUAUGAUGCUGAUGAAUUAGUACAUGGGAUACCUUUAGGGCCUUAUGCAGUUAAGGUUUUUAUUGAAUCUGCUACCAAACCAGAAGCUCCAUUAUGGAGACCUAUACCUAAGAUGACUACUAUUGAGGAUGCAGUUGGAGAAAUGAUUGCAUGGGAUCCCGAUUUAUGUAUUGUUCCAAGCGAAGGUGGCAUUGCAGAAGACAUUGCACCUAAGAGCCCUAGCACAAGUUCAAAAAACAGAUGCAAACUCAAGGCUUUGGGUAAGAAUGAUGAAGUUGUAGCUGAAGGCAGAUGGCAGUCUCGAGAACGGAGUGCGUUGGUAAAUGGACUUCCUAUUGGUCCAAAUGCAGUCAAAGUUUAUGUGGAUUCGGUUUUAAACACAAAGACAUGGCUAUGGAGGCCUACAGCGGACAUGAGAACUCUGCAGGAAUCUUUGAACUGUUUUAUAGCAUGGCCUGCAAAUAGAGUUGUGAUUGAGACAACAUCGACUGAAUCCCCUGUUCUUCAACAAUCUACAUCUAAGGGAGGAAGCAUAAGAUCUCAUAAGGCGAUGUCUCCUGUAAUUUCUAAAUCUCCUAAUGGUCCUAUAUCUUCGACUAACUCAGCAAGUCCAAGUUCUCAGAAGGACAAGUCUCCAGAAACUCCAAAAGCUCCUUUGAAGAAACCUUUAUUGAAAACAAAACCAUCUCUGACAGGGGCAUCUCCUCGUCGCAAAUCACAGCGUCUCGCCUUCAAAGAAAAUCAAAAAUGCAAGUUGAUGGAUAUAUCCGGAAUGGAUCGUGUUGUUGCUGAAGGCCGUUGGUCGUCUAGUAAUCCUGACCAAGAGGUACAUCACAAGAAACUGGGGCCUAAUGCUUGUCGCGUAUGGGUGGAUGUUGUGAUUGAACCUGAUGCUGAGGUUUGGAGGCAAACCCCUGCAAUCGAGUGUAUGGCAGAUGCACAUGGAACUUGUGUUGCCUGGCCAGAAGGUAAAGGACUCAUAUGCGGCCUCCCCGCUAAGAACGUUGUACCAAAAUUCAGACAACAGAUACAACAAGGACUCAUAUGCGGCCUCCCCGCUAAGAACGUUGUACCAAAAUUCAGACAACAGAUACAACAACAAGCAAAGAACGAUCAACAAACCGAUGCGGAUGAUGAACUGAAGGAGAUAACAAAGAUAGACUUUAGACGGGCUUGUGCUCACCGAGGGUACUUAAUACGCAUCGAAGAAUACAUUGAUACACGCAUGGAACUAGAGGAAGAAGACAUUGAGGCAAUAAGAAAGCUAUGUGCGAGGAACAACACUGAUAAGAAACGUCCAAGAGUGGAGAAAGGAGAAUCCUCAUACCGCAAGACUGGUUGAAUAAUAAUGGCAUGAGAUUUCA